GUAUUAUUCAUUGCAAUUUGCAAAUAAUUGCUACCUAACUUUCUAUAAACACAUAAACCAUUUUGAGAAUUGUAGCGGCACAACAGGGACUGGGACUUGUCAACAACAGAUUGAUUUACCCAUCAUUUCUGAGGGGAAAUAAAAAAGAAAAAGAGAAUCUGCUGAAUUUGCUAGUUUGUCAAACUCAACAAAAAAGGAAGCUACUUUUGUGAUGGGAAUUUUGGUUGAUUCACAAGAUGGUGGUGAAAAUGGAACUCAGGGUUCAUGGAUGUUCUUCACUAGAAGGAAGAAGGUUGAUUCUGCCAAUGAAAGCAGCUCUAAGGGUCAACUUGCCAAGGAGUUGACUGUGCCUCAACUCAUGGCAAUUGGUGUUGGUGCAACAAUUGGUGCUGGUGUGUAUGUUCUUGUUGGAACCGUUGCUCGCGAGCAUUCCGGUCCGUCGUUGGUGAUUUCUUUCCUGGUAGCUGGAUUUGCAGCUGCUCUUUCAGCUUUUUGCUAUGCAGAGCUUGCGAGUCGCUGCCCUUCUGCUGGAAGUGCCUAUCAUUAUUCAUACUUAUGUGUUGGGGAAGGAGUUGCUUGGUUGAUUGGUUGGGCCUUGAUACUUGAAUAUACAAUUAGUGGAUCUGCUGUUGCUCGUGGCAUAACUCCCAAUUUGGCUGCACUUGUUGGAGGUGCAGAAAAUUUGCCCGUCUUUUUAUCACGUCAUCAUAUUCCUGGGCUUGAUAUUGUUGUGGAUCCAUGCGCAGCAAUCGUGACAUUUAUUAUCACUGCACUCCUCUGUUUUGGGAUUAAAGAGAGUGCAAUGGUACAAAGUGUAGUCACAUCAGUGAAUGUAUGUGCUUUGAUGUUUGUAAUUUUAGCGGGCGGUUACCUUGGAUUCAAAUCUGGAUGGGCUGGAUAUAAACUUCCUACAGGGUACUUUCCAUUCGGGGUAGAUGGGAUGCUUGCUGGUUCUGCAACUGUCUUUUUUGCUUAUAUAGGUUUUGAUGCAGUAGCCAGCACUGCUGAAGAGGUUAAAAAUCCUCAACGCGAUUUGCCACUGGGUAUUGGUGGUUCACUGUUUCUAUGUUGUGGAUUGUAUAUGAUGGUUUCCGUUGUUAUUGUCGGUUUAGUACCUUAUUAUGCUAUUGAUCCUGACACCCCCAUAUCGUCUGCGUUUGCUGACCAUGGGAUGCAAUGGGCAGCUUAUAUUAUAAAUGUUGGGGCAUUUACAGCUCUAUGUGCAUCAUUGAUGGGUGGGAUACUGCCCCAGCCGAGAAUUUUGAUGGCUAUGGCAAGGGAUGGUCUGCUGCCACCACUCUUUUCUGAUAUAAAUAAGCACACCCAGGUUCCUGUCAAGAGCACAAUAGCUACUGGCCUUGUCGCUGCAGUUCUUGCGUUCGCUAUGGAAGUCUCUGAACUAGCUGGCAUGGUUAGUGUGGGUACCCUUCUCGCAUUCACUGCUGUGGCAAUAUCUGUGUUAAUACUAAGAUAUAUCCCUCCGGAAGAUUCACCGCUGCCCGGUUCCCUCCAGGAACCAAUUAUCUCAGUUGAUUCUUCUGGGGAACAUAUACGUUUAGUUGUGAAAGAAGAUGUAUCAGCUGACUUCAUUUCUAAAUAUCUUUCUGCUGGCAACUAUUUACACGAUGGUAACAGACGAAAAGUUGUAGGGUGGGUAAUAGCAUUGACAUGCUUAGGGAUAUUCGUCCUGACAUAUGCAGCUUCAGACUUGGUUCUUCCCAGUUCUAUUCGAUUUACACUCUGUGGAGUUGGUGUCACUCUUCUUCUGUUUGGUCUUGUCUUCCUAACUUGCAUCGAUCAAGAUGAUGCAAGGCACAACUUCGGGAACUCGACUGGUUUCACUUGCCCACUUGUGCCACUGCUGCCCAUAACUUGCGUUCUUAUCAAUUCCUAUUUACUUAUUAAUCUUGAGUCUGGUACAUGGGUGCGUGUUUCUAUAUGGCUGGCAAUAGGGCUACUUGUUUAUGUAUUUUAUGGCCGAACCCACAGCAUGCUGAAGGAUGCAGUUUAUGUGCCGGCGGCGCAAGUGGACGACGCCUAUCAUGCAUCGACAAGUUGUCUUGCUUAAUCUUGGUGGCAGCCCAAACUGCAGCUCCACUUUUGUUGUAUAUAUCUGUAAUUUCUGUACAGAAAAUGCAUAUAAUAUCGAGAUUCAAUAGUUUAGCAAUUAUAGUGUGGAAUAUGAUUUCCUUUAGCAACAGUUGUAUUAUGCCUUAUACAACAGCUGUAAUAUUCUUUUUAUACGGAUUAUACCUUCUGUAUCAUCCUAAAUGCAAAUAUAAUUUAAAAAGUUGAUAACGCAAA